AUGUCGGACGAACAACCGCGCAAGAAGGUCCGCCUUACAGGCCCCGAGGACUCCAUCUCAGCAUCGCUACCAGAAGUCGAUGCGGCUGUAGCAGCACAACUGGAACAAGAGAAGAGUGCUGGAAUCACCGUCUUUGCGUCUCAAGCUGCUGGUUUCGGAGGUGUUGUCAAGAAGCGCUACACCGAUUUCCUGGUCAAUGAGAUCUCGACAGAUGGUACUGUCUUCCACCUGGACGAAUUGACUGGACCCGCUGUCAAGGCAGUCAAGAAGGUCGAGAAGGAUGUGCAAGCAGAAGAGGACAAGGAGAAGGCUGCCGAGCCUGUCAAGGCCGAACCUGCGCCUGUGAAGGAGGAAGAGCCCAAGCCGGACAACGCAGAGUUGGCUGUCAAGGAGCGCAUGGAAGAAGCCAUUGCUUCGACCAUCUUUGGCGAAAAGACAACGACCGACAUUUGCAACCUCUACGCCAAAUCCAUCGCCCGCCCAGAGCGUAAGACCAGAGACCAUGGUAGUCUGCAAUCGGACGUGAUCGAGGACAAGCAAAUGCGCACCGAUGCUCACAUCAACGUCCGUCGCAUCUUCAACGGCAGAGUAGACACCAUGACCAACGACGACAACACAAUCGCCAUCAAGAUCGCUGCUCAGGCCAACAAGAUCAACGCUCGCGCUCUUCCUGGCUCAAAAGGAAAGAACGCCCGUCCCAAGGGCAAGGUCGGCUGGGAAGAGCUUGGUGGUGAACAUCUGCAUUUCACCCUGUACAAGGAGAACAAGGACACCAUGGAGGUGCUCUACUGGAUUGCCAGUCAGCUCAAGCUACACGUCAAGAACUUCCAAUUCGCCGGAACAAAAGAUCGCAGAGGUGUCACAGUUCAGCGCGUGAGUGCCUACCGUAUCGCUGCCGAUCGUCUGCAGGGCAUCAACCCUACCCUCAGACAAGCCAGACUCGGUGGCUUCAAGUACAUGCCCCAGGGUCUGGAUUUGGGUGAUCUCUACGGAAACGAGUUCACCAUCACCCUCCGUGACUGCACAUUCCCUGGCCAGCAAGGUGACGCGGCUGUACAGCUCGAGAACGCAAAGAAGAUUACCCAUGACGCCGUCUCGCAAUUCCAAGAGCGCGGCUUCAUCAACUACUACGGUCUCCAGCGCUUCGGCACAUUCGCCAUCUCAACAGAUACCAUCGGCAGAAAGAUGCUGCGUGGUGACCUGGAAAGCGCCGUCGAAGACAUCUUAUCAUUCAGCCCCGAAGCUUUGGCAGCUGCUUCAAACCCCGACCAGGCAUCAACCAAGAUCUCGCACGACGACAUUGCUCGCGCCGAGGCUCUGCAUAUCUGGCAGACGACAAAGAAGUCAGGAGCCGCUCUCGACAAACUCCCUCGCCGUUUCCAAGCCGAAAACGCCCUGAUCAGACACCUGGGCUGGGUAGACCGCAAAUCAGGAGAACUACUCCGCGCAAAGGACUGGCAAGGCGCUCUCCAAAACAUCCCUCGCAAUCUACGUCUCAUGUACGUGCACGCCUACCAAUCGCUAGUCUGGAACACAGUCGCCGGCCGCAGAUACCAACUCUACGGCAACAAAGUCGUCGCCGGCGACCUCGUCCUCGUCCACGAACACAAAGACAAAGAAGCCUACAACGCCCACCAAGACGAAGAAACCAUCGACGACUGCGGUGAAAUCAUCGUCCGCCCCGCCGCCCACGACACCGCCACCUCCCUCGAAGACAAAUUUGAGCGCGCCCGCGCAUUAACNCCCGAAGAAGCUUCCAGCGGCAAAUACACCAUUUUCGAUUUGGUGUUGCCGUUGCCAGGCUUCGACGUCAUGUACCCAAGCAACGAACUCGGCGCCUACUACACAGAAUACAUGGGCAGCGAACAAGGCGGCAAACUCAACCCCAGAGACAUGCGCAGGAAAUGGAGAGACGUGAGUCUAUCAGGCUCCUACCGCAAACUCAUGGCAAAACCCCAAGGACUGGCUUGGGAAGUAAAAUCAUACUUCCAGGACGAAGAACAACUCAUCCAAACCGAUUUGGACAAACUCAUCGCAAAGGCAAAGGAAGAAGGUAAUGCUGAUGCGCUNGGUGGUGCCGAAGCCCUGCUGGGCUCAGACAAGAGUCUUGAAAAGUCAUUGGAUGCGCAAAAGACAGAUGGAGACGUCACGAUGGCUGAAGAUGGCGCAAAGACAACAGCAGCAGACGCCCAACAGCAAGAGCAGAGAUUGGCCGUGGUGAUCAAGAUGCAAUUGGGCAGUUCCCAAUAUGCCACCAUGGCUCUGCGCGAGUUGACAAAGGGUGGUGCCGUGGCCUUCAGACCCGAUUUCCAAGGCGGAAGAAUCGAUCUCAAGACAGAGUAG